AUGAAUCGCCAUCAUCCCUACGGUGGCUACGAUGAGAGGCCCACUCGCGGUGGUCGCGGCGGCGGCAAUCCAUCCAUGCGCGGUCGCCCUCCCCGUUCUGCUGGCUUGAGCCCCCCUCCUUCUGGUUAUCCUUCCGCUCAAGCUGCUUACCGUCCCGGCGCUCCAAACAUGAAUGAUGGCAACAACGCAGCUUACCAGCCUCAGAACGCUUACGCCCCAUCCAAUGAGUUCUCCGGUGGCCUAGAUCGUCAUUAUCCCAUGUCCAUGAGCGGUGGUCCCCCAAGAGGCGGUAUGAGUGCUCGUGGUGGUCCCCCUGCUUCUCGACCCCCUCCUCCCCCUCCUGGCGGCAGCAUGGGCUCUCCUCCAUCUUACGGAUACACUCCUGCCUCAUAUGAACCCUCCCCCUACAAUGCACCCAACCCCUACGAACAAUCUGCUAUGCCUCCCGCCCCUAGUCAGCCUCCUUAUGGAUCAGCUCCUGCUUACGAUUAUAAUGGCGGCCCUGGUGCACCUCCCGGUCCACCUCCCGCCGGCUAUGACGGCCAAGUUUACGGCCCAACCCCUUCGUUCGGUCAACCACCUUAUGGUUCAGGCCCGCCGCCAGGAUCGUAUGAUCGUCCCCGUCCUCCCCCAGGUGACGCCCCCGGAUUCGGAGAACGGGGUCGCGGCAGAGGUCGCGGCAGUGGACGUGGAGGAGGUCGUGGCGGUCGCGGAGGUGGAUUUGGCGGUGGUGGCGGCAGAUUUGACGAUGACGAAAAGCCUUGUCGUACCCUCUUCGUUCGCAGUAUCAACUUCGAAACCGACUCCGAAUUCGUCAAGCAGCAGUUCGAGAAAUUCGGCGAGAUCAAGACCUUCUUCGACAUGGUUGAAAAGCGUGGUAUUGCCUUCAUCACCUACUAUGAUCUUCGAGCCGCUCGGGACGCCAUGCUCGCCAUGAAGGGUGCUCCCUUUGGUGGUCGUCCAAUCAACAUCCAUUACUCUCUUCCACGUGAGGAGGACAAGGCUCAACGAUGUGACCGCGACAAGAAUCAGGGUACCCUCUUCAGUGUUCUCAAAGGCGCCAACGAGACUCUAAGCGACGACGCCGUUCACGAGGUCUUUUCCGAAUUUGGUGAUGUCAAGAAGGUGCGUGAUUAUCCAGGUCAGAAGAACAGCCGCUUUGUCGAGUACUUUGACAGCCGCGCUUGCCAACUUGCUCACGAUCAGCUCAACGGUCGACCGUAUCUCGAUGGUCAAUGGGACCUCAAAUUUGCUUGGGACGUGGUGACGGAUGAGGAUCUUGAGUGGGCAAAGCAACCACAACAGGGAGCUGGUUCAGGUUACCAAGCUGGUCCUCCUCCUCCUCCUCCUCCUCAGUCUAGCUGGGGCAGGCCUCCACCCGCUGGAGACCGAGCUCCUCUCCCCACAGAUUAUCCAAGCUACGAUGCACCAGGCUCCUCUCGUUCACCCUCCCUCGGCUAUGGUCGUGCUCCCAUUCCAGCCACCGGAGCUCCGGUCGACAAUGGAUGGGGUAGACGUGCAGGCUCUGGCUCUGGUCCUGCCUCGAAACCUGACGCAGCUGCAGCUCAACCUCCAGCAGCCGGAGACGCAAACCGACUCGAACAAGCUCAGAAGGUGCAGCAGCUGCUUGCGUCCCUUGGCGCCGCCUCCAAACCUCCUGCCGCAGCAGCAGCAACUUCCACUCCCCCUGCUCCUUCUGCGUCAAGCCCACCUGCUCAGAGCCCACCUCCGGCAGGUGCACCGGCACUGCCAGCCAACAUCGCUGCGCUUCUCCAAUCUGCUGCUGGUGCUCCCAAGCCCACAGGCCCACCCAAGCCUCAGUCUCCCCCUACCUCGAACACUUCCGCUUCGGGUUCGGGUCAGGACAAUGGACAGCAGUCCAUGCAUCAGCUUCUGAGCAUGCUUAACCAGAAUCGACCUCCUCGUCCUUCCUAA